AUGCCCUCUACCAAGAAAAAAAAAAAAGCCUCAAUAGCAAUACGCACCAAACUGAGCAUGUGCAGAGUGUCUCUACACCAUAUGUCUUUUCAGGAGAUAAGAGGGAGACCCUGAAAGAAGGGGGAGGAUCAAAGGAGUAAGGAUCAAACAGCUUUUUUGCACAAUGCAGAGGAUUAACCCCUUAGGUUCCACAGUGAGUAUAACAAGCAUGCUUUACUGCCAGGGGCGGACUGACCAUUUGGAAACUCGGGCACUGCCCGAGGGCCCGGGGUUAGUAGGUGGCCCC